AUGAUCCAUAUCUUGGGGUUUCAGGACACUCAUAGAGUAACAUUCAUGGUCUUCUUCUUUUUCUUCGUGGUGUAUUGUGUGACGGUAUUUGGGAACCUUUUGAUCAUUGUGCUGGUGUCUUACAGCAGGAGCCUCCACACUCCCAUGUACUUGUUCCUCACACAGCUCUCAUUAUCAGACAUCAUCCUGGCGACUGAUAUCCUUCCUAACAUUCUCCAUGCGGUUGUGGUUAAGGAUAAUGUAAUAUCUUUUAUGGACUGCAUCGUUCAAUUCUACUUCUUUGACGUCUCGGAGACCACCGAUUGUCUCCUUCUGACUGUCAUGUCUUACGAUAGAUAUUUGGCCAUCUGCCAACCUCUGCACUACGUAUAUAUCGUAAAUCGACAAUUCUGUCUGAGAAUGGUUGUUGUGACUUGGAUGCUGAGUGCUUUUGUAGUAUUAAUCCACACUCUAACAAUAACCAGGCUCAACUUUUGUGGGCCGAAUCGAAUUGAUCACUUUUUCUGCGAUCUUGAUCCCAUACUUGAGCUGUCAUGCUCGGAUAUCACUGUGGUUGAGAUAGAAGUUACAAUCUUGAGUGCUCUGUUGGUAGUCAUCCCUUUCUUCAUCAUCAUUAUUUCAUAUGUCUAUAUUAUUUUCACCAUUUUACAGAUCCCAUCAAUCACUGGGAGGCAGAAGGCCUUCUCCACCUGUAGCUCCCACCUGGUUGUGGUGUCCAUGUACUAUGGGACGCUUCUUUGUGUUUACUUGGUUCCAAACAGAAAUCAGUCUUGGAAAGUUACAAAAUUCCUGUCCUUGCUGUACACUGUGGUGACGCCAUUAAUGAAUCCUAUUGUAUAUAGUUUUCGAAACAAAGAUUUACAGAAUGUAGUUGAAAAAGUAGUUAAUGACCUAUAUAAAAAUCACCAGUGA